AUGACAACUCUACUGCAAGUAGGGUUGCUGGUAGCGCUUGGCAUUGUUGCACAGGCGGCCGCCGAAUGUUGUUCAAAUGGCGACCAAUCUGAUUUCUGUAUGGUCUUCAACAUGCUAUCACCAAUGGAACAAGCAGAAGUGAUGAGUUAUAUAGGAGAAACAUGUAGCGGCGAUGCUGACGAAGCGCUCAGACUUAUGGAAAAGAGGAAGCCUAACUUCAUGCGUUUUGGCAGAAGUUUGACUUUCGGUUCCAAAAAGGGUUCCGAUCCGAACUUCCUCCGAUUCGGCCGGAACCAACCGAACUUCCUCAGAUUUGGUCGUAACCAACCAAAUUUCCUCAGAUUUGGCAAAGCCGCGGGUGAUCCUAAUUUCCUCCGUUUUGGACGAGGAGCUGGUGACCCAAACUUCCUACGUUUCGGUAAACGAGGCGUCGACCCGAACUUUUUGCGUUUCGGACGUAAACCGAACUUUCUUCGUUUUGGCAAAUAA